AUGGCCUUUUUUGCAAAAUGGACCGUUGCUCAACGUUCACUACUUCACUUCACAGCUUCACCUUCACUCCUUCAGUGCUUCACACAAAAUCUCCCCAAGUCUGAUAUUUUCCCUUAUAAAAAAAGAUACGGUAAUGCCAACGUGUGGAAGAUUUUCACAGAUCUGUUCGAUUACUUUCCUCUCACAGCUUUGGUAAAUUUAUUGAACGGUUGUGUCAUGAGAAGUUGUGUGAAGCCAAAAGAACAGAUGGAGGCCAAUCCAGUUAUGCUUCUCCAUGGUUUUGAUAGGUAUGCCUCAUAUUAAGCUAAUGUUUUGACUACUUUCUCUUGCUGUGCUCUGUAUUUUUCAUUAUCCCUCAUUGUUCAGCUCAUGUUUAGAGUGGAGGUACACAUUUUCGAUGCUUGAGGAGGCUGGAUUAGAGACAUGGGCAGUUGAUAUCUUAGGAUGGGGUUUCUCUGAUUUAGGUAUUUCUUCUUGAUGAGCAAAAAAAUGGUAUUACCGAAUACCGUACUGAACCGAAAUUUGAUUUACCGAUUCCCGAAUUACCGAACCGAAGUUUGAAAGUUCGGUAUUUGUUAUAUACUUUCAAUUACCGAAUACCGAAUUACCGAACCCGAACUUUAAAAAUA